AUGCCUGAGGAACCGAACAAUACCCACACCAACGGGCAAGCCGCACAGAGCGCGAGACAAGGGGGAGAACAGGGAAAGCGGUCUCCUGCUGCGGUGGAAGGCGAGCAAAAGAGGGCGGAUCGACUCGAGGACGAUUUGGACUUUUUUGAAGAAGAUGACGACUUUGAUGAGUUUGAACUUCACAACUGGGAACCAGAUCUAGCUGCUGUUGAAGAGGAUGAACUCGAAUGGCAAGAUGACUGGGAAAUGAUCGAUCAGGACGAGGACUUUGCUGCAAAGCUUGCAGCGGAGUUGGCGCAGAACGGCUUCACGCGUAGUGACCAGCCGGCUGCCAUGGACGCUUGA